AUGAAUAAGUUUGGUCGUACUAAGAGAAGAGCUGUGCCAGUAUGCAAAGGUGCUCAAUAUAUUUUACCUUCCAUUGACCUCAUUAAAAAACAAAUGAACACACAAAAUGUUUCAAGUACUUCAAGCAUUCUUAGCACUUUAAGCAUCUCUAGCAGUUUUAUUCAGAUGAGAUCAAAUACGAUAAUUGCAGAAAAUGUAGAUAUAGAAAGCCACUUGGUUGGGUCUGAUGAUACUGAUAACAAUUUAUAUGAUCCAAACCUUACAAGUAAUAAUAAGAAUCCUAUUGAUGACGAUAUUUCAGAAAAUAAGUCAACUUAUUCAUAUGCUAAAUGA